UUCGCUUAAUUUUAUUACUUUGCUUGAUUAGUUAGUCAGUAUUACUAAGGUUUACCAUUUUAACCCAAGCUGUUUUAUAUACACAUGGUUUUUUUUAUUGUGCUUUUUAAAAAAUCUGGGUUGCUCUGGCUGACAUACCAGUGAUAAUGAAUGUGGAUGAUCGUAUUAAAUUCCCUUCACAUGUGCUCAUACAAUAACAAAAACACAAAUGCAGUAAAUACCUAUUUCACAUUCUUGUUGAAAAAAAUGGUAGCCCAAAGUGGAAGCAGUACACAACAUUUAGACUACGUAUUCACAGUGGGAGGAGCUUUGAGCUCCGAUGCGUUUUAAUUGGUUGCUAGCUCACACUGAGUUGUACGGUUAUCGGUAAUUAUAUUCAGCAUGUUUUACCCAAGAAAUGACAUCCAGAAAGGGUUAUCUUCUUCGACCGUCAAAUUAUACCACGAGGAUGGCAUGCUCCGACAGCCCAUCUGCAAAUUCGUUUUUGGUAGACUCUCUGAUAAGCAGUAGAAGCGAAGGAAGUGCUCACUACUAUCAAAACGGUGGCGUGUACUUGCCACCCAGCUCCGACUAUUCCUAUGGAUUGGCUAAUUGUGGCUAUUUUCACGGACCCAAACGAACUGAGAAUCAAAAUAUGGUACCUACAACUGGCCCAUAUAUGCAAGGAAUGGAAUCAUGGUUGGAGACUUCGAGAUCAUGUCGCACUGAACAGCUCAGCAGCCAGAGCGUUUCCCGGUCGUUCUCCCCUGCCAUAAAAGAAGAAAACUCGUAUUGCUUCUACGAGUCAGGGAAGUGUCUAAAAAGCACGGGGACUGAAGACAUUUCUUAUUCCCGAGUGACGACGACCGUAUGUCCAGCAGGGAGUAACAGCAGCGUUCCUGUACCUGGUUACUUUCGCCUGUCACAAACGAGUUCAUCGUCCAAAGGUUAUUAUCCAACCGACCUGUCCGAAUCGGGCCAUUUUGCCCGUUUUGAGGAAUCGCGUCCAACCCUUUCUGCAGAAACAAACGGGAUAGAAAUCGAAGAGCCGGCCGUCCAAACAGACGAGGAGAGCCGGAGAUCACCGAGCGGCCCCUCUUCAUCUCCACUACCAGCAGAAAGUGAAGCGGAAAACCCACAAAAAGUGAAUGAAGGAGAAUGUAAAAGUGACAGUACGGCCAACUGGUUGACGGCAAAGAGUGGGCGAAAGAAGCGCUGUCCAUACACCAAGCACCAGACUUUGGAGUUAGAGAAAGAAUUCCUCUUCAACAUGUACCUGACCCGAGAGAGACGUCUGGAGAUCAGCCGCAGUGUUCACCUAACGGACAGACAAGUAAAGAUCUGGUUUCAAAACCGCCGCAUGAAGUUAAAGAAAAUGACUCGAGAAAACCGCAUUCGCGAGUUAUCGGCAAACUUCAGCUUCGCCUGAGGAAGGAGCUCUGGCGCCCUCAACCAGCUAAAGCGCUUGCUCAGAUUACUCUCCAAGCGCGCACUUCUGAGCUGUACAUAAUAUAAAUGAUAACUUAUUGUGUCGUAUAUACUACUGUCUGAAUCUUUUUUAUAUGUCCGUUUAAUUUCACAUUUUUUCCCUGUACCACAUCAUCAUUAUUUAUGAACGCUGCGUGCGUGGGAUAUAGUCUACAACUCGAAGAAAAUCAUGUUGUUUUAUUGACAGUUGUAUAUAAACGGACAGUAGUAUAUAUUAACUGUAUAUAGUAUGGCAAUAUUUGCAUGAUGUAAUAUUAAUUGUAAUUACAAUCAUCGUUUACAAUUAUUGAUCGCUAAGUCCAUGUUAAGACUAUGUUGGUGACUGUUUUUUGAAUUAGCCAAAGUGUUAAUAUGAAGGGGGGAAAAAAAAAACUAUCUUAAAUUAAUGUCUACACGUGAAUUUAGCUGCAGUUUACUUCUAGGCGGUGUAUACAGUUUUCAAUUUAAUUCCAGUUACCAUUCAUUUAAGAGUAGACGAGACCAUUUUAUCACAGAUAAUGUUAAUCGGUGGCGUAUAUUUUAAUCUUACAGUAUGCCUAUGGUUUUGGGCGGCCACGAAGAAAUGACCUGCUUGUACAUAUCACAAACUGUAUAGGUCAGAGGUGCAAUAUGAUUUUAGUUUUGCUCGAUAUCAUUUAUAAUUUGCUGCCAAAGAAUUGUGUGAACAGGCUGUUUGGGCAAAACCCAAUAGCUUAUCUUUGACACCGCAUUCUCCCAAACAUGUAGCUAUCUGUGAAUUCUUCUGAAACUAGUAAAAAAUUGAAACCAUACCUAAAACAUGUUUAUAACACUUUUUUUCAGAUGCCUGUGUGUCUGAAUUAAAAAUAAAUAGUUUACA